GCUUGAUUAACUCCAGCAACAAAUAUAUCGCGACACGCUACAAGCCACAAGCGCCAAGGUCAACAUGAAAUGAGGGCGUUAGUAGCUUGUUCAGCCUGCAGAUCGCGGCGCAGGAAGUGCACGUCAGUCCAUGGCUCGACGACCUGCCUUUACUGCACCGAGCGUAGCAUCACGUGUAUUCGAGGUAGCGGGGCCCCCUCCCUUUCAUCCCAAGGUUACAGUGCGCCAUCCUCACCACCUGCUGUACGGCAGUCAGCACUGGUCGGGCUACCGCUGCCUCCUCGGGAGCUUUGCUUAGAGCUGGUGGAGCUGUAUUUUGACUUCAUUCAUGACAAGUUCCAUUCCAUAUUUCAUAGGCCUAGCUUGACGGAAGAUGUCCGGCAAGGGGUAGUCCCGCCAGUUAUUCUAUUUGCUAUAUUUGCUUUAUCUGCAAGGUUCUCCGAAAAUGAGGUGUUUUCUGGUAUUGCUCCCCGUGAACGAAGUAAACCGUACUACGAUGAGAGUGCCAGACUAGUUGAUAUACGAGACACAUCUAUUACCACUAUACAAGCAUGUAUUCUUCUUGGGGGAAUCGGAUCUUGUGAAGCACGUGCCUUCAAUGAAUCUAUAUAUUAUACGGUGGCUUGCCGAAUGGCGAACUUGCUUGGCCUUUCUAAGAGAACCGGAGCAACUGCCUUAGAACAAGAGUUGAAUAUUAGAAUCUGGUGGACACUAUGCAUGGUGGAUGUAUGGUCGUCCAAGAGCGUCCGUCUCCCACGUCAAAUGAGCCAUUUCUCAGAUCUCCCCCUCCCAAUCGACGAAUAUACGUUUCUCCAAUGGCGCCGUGGAGCCCAGGACAAUAUAGAGGUGAGCUCUGAUCGGAGUUCAUCUCUUAUAGCCCAGAUGAUCCUCCUCAAUCGUAUUUUGAUGGAAAUCAACGACGCCAUCACGCAGACUGUCACAUCCGGCACUGUCACCCUAGUUCUCGAUAAAACGGCCGAAGAUCUCUCACUAAAGCUUGACAAUUGGUACAAUGCCCUCCCCGAAUACAUGCAUAAUACGCCCGAAAACCUCCAGCGAUACGCAUCUCAAGGCCUCGGAAGGAUAUUUGUAGCAGUCUACCUCGGUUACUAUCACUACGGCCAACUACUAUUCUACCAGUUCUUGAACGACGACCAGCACAGCACCGGAGGGAACCGCUACGCGAAAAAGUGUAAAGAACACGCCGCGAACCUGUGUCUCAUUGUCUACGCAGCACAAGAGACACCCGGAUGCGAGGUCAGGUAUAACAUGGUAGGCCACAUCCUGGUCAUCGCCUCCACGGUGCAAAUCCACACACUGCUCUUCGGCACCGACGAAGCCGAGAUCGCCGUCGCGCGACAAAGAGUCGUACGCAACUUCCAGAUCCUGACGGACAUGCAACGCUGGUGGGCAUGGCUGGAUAUGUGCUUUGUGCGCUUGCAUAUAUUUCACGAUAUGUGCAGGACGAGCAUGGCAACGUCGUUUAGGAUGGAUGAGUGGAUGAUGAAGUUCUUGUCUGAGUUCUCUAAACCGAUUGAAGAGAAGACGGAGGAUAGCGCGCAGGCUGCGUUGGAUUGGGCACGUAAUAUUGAGGCUUACACGCAGGGGCCUGUGGAAGAGCAGACGAGUGUGAGUGUCUGUCCAAGCCCGUCGCCGCGUUAUAACGUUUUGCCGCCUUGAGAAUGGGCUGGGAAGAUGUUUCCGACGGAAUCGCCACGGAGCUUUGCUGUAUAUUCGCCAUGGGAAACUCCACACACAGGAUAUGGCAGAUCUACGCGCCUCGGUUGAAAACCAAUUCAUCAACCGCGAAAUACAUACCGUAAGGUCCGCUUUACCGCCGAUAUGCUUCUGCCAUAUAUGAACUCGAAACAUAGAGAGAUGAGAAGCUAGAAAGUCUCAUGUUCGGUAGGAUGUUAUUAAAGGGCAUAUAGACAUUGUGAAACUCCGCAAGUCUAAAGGUAUGACUUCAUAUAUACUUCAUAUCCUAUCUAUCUAUAAUUAAAGCUGUAUAUCUACGCUGGAAGUAACUCGACUACUCAAGCAACAGACUAAACUCAAACGGUCCACUCUUAAGCGCAUACUCCUCCAUAGUCUUCGGUCCACAGCUUCCAGUUCCCAACCCAUGAUGCCUCCAAUCAAGCCUGACAAUCACCUCCUCCCUCUUCUCCCUCUCUAACAAAUACGGAUGUGUCGCCUUAUCAAUAUCCGCCGCCGUAUAAUGCGACGCCGAGAAGCUGCACCCCUCCUUAUCCCCAAAGCUCGCCUUCAGCAAAGGCGCACCGGUCCCAUCCUGGAACGCGACCCAGCGCACGUCAGUACGGUUACCCGAUUCUUGUGGGUACUCGUAGUUGGUGAACAGGGCGUCGACGGGGGACUUCCAGGUCCCGAUGCGUUGUGACAGCUUCUUGUCGCUGUAGGACUCGCCUGGGCCGCGACCGAACCACUCCACACCGUUUACCUCGCUGUUUAGGGCCAUCGUAAGACCGAUUCGUGCCCAGGUUUUCGGCAAAUUGGCACCCUGCGUUGUGCCAGUGACUUUGAUGCCCACGCUCGUCUCGCCGAAGGUAUAUGUUGUUGUGGUGUCCACGCUCCACUCUAGGACAGGAGGGGCAAUGCGCUUCUGGACUGUGACGGUGACAUUUGUGCCAGAAGUACCCCAGCCCACCUGCCGAGUGUGCUCGGCGGUUUGCUCGAGGUGCUUCUCCUUCCACUCUGCUCCAUCGUGUGGGAAAUCAUUGUCUGUUUGGGGGCGGUAGAAGUCCAUCACGGGUGCUGUGUGGAUUAUCUCGGAUCCACCCUUUUUCCAGGAGCUGAGCGAGCCGGUGACGAGGUUGAAUUCCCAAGCCGAGGUGGCGCUGGAAAUAGACAACAGUGUCGGCGACUUUUGGAUGAGUGUCGGGCAUGUGGAUGAGGGAGGUGUCAGCGACUGUAGGGAGGCAGCGGGCUUUAAUUCGAUCUGGCCCCAGGCGAUCUCAUGUCCGGCUUCAGCCCAGAUAGUAGCUUCUUUGAGAGUAAAUGUAACCUGUAAAACAGCUCCUGCGGGCACGCUAUCGAUGGCAGUGAAAGGAAU